AUGAGUGGUCGAAGAUGUGACCGGAGACAGAACUGCAAAGGAUCGGGAGGGCAGGAGCUGACGGCCCAGAUUUUUUCUCACUGCAUCCUGGUUCAGUUCUGGCACCCUCCGCCUCCCAUAGAGCCUGAUCUUCUGCAGUUAUCGUCUGACAGUGACCUUGUCAUUCUCACCAAGUCCAUGCCUUGCCUCAUGUACCUCAUCCUGUGCUCCCUUCGUCUGCCAAGUCUCUGCUCCCUUCGUCUGCCUGCUUCAUCUCCGUCAUCCAGCUCCAGCCAUCCUCACCAUUCCUUCGCUACAGCCUGGUACCAACGUGUUGUAAUCCAGUUCUCAGAAGCUCCUCCUGAAGACCAUCAACUCCAUUGUCAGUUCCGGAUCCCAAGAGCCUUCCUGGCAUUCAAGUCGACUGCUGCUCCUUCAGACGUGCUGGCGUCCUUGGCUACAGCUCCACCAGGCCUGUCCACCUUCCAAUGUGGAGGAACCAUCUGUCUCCAGCUACACUUCCACCAGCUCAGACCAGUAACAGUCUGUCACCUCCAGACCACCACUAACCACCAGACCCAUAAAGUGAGAACCUUUCCUAAGGAUUCCGCCUUACUGGGCAGGGACACAGUUCGAGCCCUCAUGUACUACGCCCUGAAGGUCUGGAGCGAUAUCGCGCCUCUGAACUUCCACGAGGUGGCCGGCAGCGAUGCAGACAUUCAGAUCGACUUCACUAAAGCCGACCAUAAUGAUGGAUACCCCUUCGACGGGCCCGGGGGCACAGUGGCACACGCUUUUUUUCCUGGGGAGAGGUUCACCGCGGGCGAUACACACUUUGAUGAUGACGAAGCCUGGACCUUCAGAUCGCCAGACUCUCAUGGGAUGGACCUGUUUGCAGUGGCGGUCCAUGAGUUCGGUCAUGCCAUCGGACUGGUCCAUACCUCGGCUAUGGAGUCCAUCAUGAGACCUUACUACCAAGGACCCGUGGGAGACCCUCUGAAAUACGAUCUACCCUAUGAGGAUAAAGUCCGUGUCUGGCAGCUCUAUGGUGUCAGAGACUCGGUGUCCCACACGAAUCAGCCAGGCAGCCCGUCCCAGACACCUGAGCCGCCGGUCCUGCUGGACCUUCCUGAAAACAGAUCCACGUUCCUAUUGGCACAAGACGCUCCAGACAGGUGCAGCAGUCACUUUGAUGCUGUGGCCCAAAUACGAGGAGAGGCUUUCUUCUUUAAAGGGAAGUACUUUUGGAGACUAACGAGAGAAAAGCACCUGGUGUCUCUCCGUCCUGCUCACAUUCAUCGCUUCUGGAGGGGGCUUCCUCCCAAUCUGGACAGCGUGGACGCUGUUUAUGAGAGGCCCGGGGACCACAAAAUAGUAUUUUUCAAAGGUCAAAGGUAUUGGGUAUUCAAAGACAAUAAUGUGGAGGAGGGUUACCCCCGUCCAAUCAGCGACUUCGGCCUGCCUGUGGAGGACGUGGAUGCAGCAUUUGUUUGGUUGCACAACGACAAAACCUACUUCUUCAAAGAUAACCACUACUGGCGCUAUGAUGACCACCUGCGGCACAUGGACCUUGGCUUCCCCAAAGAGACCACGCUUUGGAAGGGGCUGCCUCUACAGCUGGAUGAUGCCAUGAGGUGGUCUGAUGGAUCGUCGUAUUUUUUCAAGGGAAAGGAGUACUGGCGAGUGCCGGGCAGCGACAUGGAGGCGGAGGCAGGUUACCCCCGCCUGAUUGCCAAGGACUGGCUGCUCUGCACUGAGAUGCAGUCCGACUCUCCGGACACGGAGGCGAAAAGCACAGAGACGAGGGUCAACGUGCACCGCCACCCAGACCACGCAGAGAACGGAUACGAGGUGUGCUCCUGCACGUCUGACACCGCCUCACCUUUGGCCGUCAGCUUAUCCCCAUCUCCGCUUUGGCUGCUGCCGCCUCUCUGGACGCUCUGGACCUUCCAACCUGAACUGUUAUGAUGCUGAAGCACGGGGUUAAGUCCUUGUGUUGAGGGCCACACAGAGACUAAUUAGCAGAUGCUCAGCGGAAGAAGAAGAAAAAAAAAAAACGUACUGGAAAAAAUUUGAUCAUAUAAAUACAGUUUAUUUUAUUUUAUUUGUUCACUUAAUUUUUUUCCUUUUUCUUGGGAGUUAUUUAUUUCACAUGCCAUCUUAUGGUCACUUUAAGAGCCUUGCAGUAGUCACUCUACAAACAAAUAUCAGUUAAUAUCCACUGACAGUGACAGUGUUAGAUGUUUCUUAAGCUGAGUUGCACAGAAAUACAAAUGAUCUUUACUCUCCAAAUGGCCUCAUCCAUGCAGGGCUAAGCGGAGAUAAACGUUCAGAUGUAGGUGGUUUUAUCAUGGAUUUAAAUGGUGACUCACUUUGGGGUAUUCAGUUAUAUGAAUAUGAGCCCGUGGGUCAAAACUGCUCGAAGAUGAGAGUAUUCACAUGAAAACUGACACACAGGUUUGGAAAUUGCGGCUUCUUUUCAGCCAAAAAAAAGCUGAAUCUUUUAAAAAAUGAGAUUUAAUGCUAUUUAAUGUAAUCAGAAUAUUGUAGAAGACUAUAAUGCAAAUCCUCUGGGUGUUUGAUUGUCGGUGUUGUUUUUUUAGUUUCGUGUUCUGCAGGUAAAAUGCAGCUCAAGUCCCGAAUGAAACAGUUCUGUCAAAACAUUCUUCUAAUUUACUUCCAAAGAUGCCGGGGUCUCUUUUGCCGGUUACUUCUGGUGAUUGUCCGUCUGUCCUGUAGGCAUGGACCAGUUAUAGCUACAAAAGAUUAGAAAGGUUAUGGCUUCAAAACCACUUGUCUACCUAACUAAUCUUGGUGGGACAUUUUUUUAUUAUAUACAUGUUUCUUAAUCAGUAUUAAGCAUAAAAUAAGGCAGUGGUGCCCCUUCCCCACUCGUCGCCUGGCCUUCUGAUCAGCUGGCUGAAUGAAGGCUUGACUACGCUCUCCUAGUGAGUCACAGAAUAUAUAUUUAUUUUCGCAGGGGGAAGGGGGACUUGAACGGUCGUGGUUUGGAAAUUGUAGCAUUACCAUCUUUCUUUCUAUUUAAUAGGUUAGUUCAGAUUAUUAGCAGUGUGCGUCUGUGAAGUUAUCAAUAAAUGUUCCUUUAUCUGCAGUAGAACAAUGCCAUAUGACCACAAGCUAGUUCAAAAAAUAAAUACAUCCUUGGACCAAUGGAAGUUAACAAGCUAAUAAGGUAUUAUUAAUCUGCCUCAUCACAGAUCAUAAAACCUUUGGAUUAUUUUAUUUAUUAAUUUUUUUAAACAAUUACAAGACCCAGAAAGCACAGGAAUGUACCAUCAUUAAUGUUAUUGCAACACAGGUCCAAUCUACAGCUAAAGCAGCUUGACAGGUCCCAGCAGAUCUGGCAUUUUGAUACAACAGCCACUAGCAACAGCUUUAACACAGACGCUCUCCUGCUAAAACAAAGUCUCUAAAUAUAACAAGGUUCUGUAAGAUAUAUACAAUACAUCUGCAAAAAUAGCAUUAUAAGUAAAUAACUUGGCUAUAAAAAGACAGUGCAGGUCUCUUUAUACUCUAUUAUUUCUCCACUCUGAGAAUUAGGGCUGGGCGAUAUGGACCACAAAUAAUAUCUUGAUAUUUACAGGCUGAAU